AUUGUGGCAGUGACAGUCGGAGAGACUGUACGUCCUGUUCUGGUUGGCUGUUGAACUUGUGCAACUUAGUUUGGUUUCUUACUGCCUGCUCCUGUUGUUAGUCUCACAGUUUUGUCAUAUUUUUGGGCUCUUCUUUCCAUCUGUCAAGGCCAUGAGUGCUAAUUGUUUAUCUGGAUAUGGGACAUUCGUGAUCGACAUGCACUCUUUUUAGCUUGGCAUUGGAGUGAGGGCAGGUUUAAGGCCAACGACCAAAGACUGGCGCCGAUUCGUUCAGAAAUUAUACAUCAGAGCGGGGGUCAUGAGUGCCAAUUGCUUAUCUGGAUAUAGGAUUCGCUUGUGGAUCAUUGGGUAGUUUUACUGGAAGUGAGAGGACAUUCCUGGUAAGCGGUAUGCACUCCUUGUAACUGGACAAUGGAAUGAAAGCAGGUUUUCGGCCAACGAUCAAAGAUUGGUGCUGAUCUGCUGAUGAAUUGUUCAUCAUAGCAAGGUCUGCAUCAGCAAAAUGAUGUCCAUUUCAUCGUGAUUGAAGCAGAAAUUAUACAAGAAACGAAUCUACUCUUACUGACUAAUUGCUGCCCCAUUAAAGAUGUCCUGUCAAAGCAAUGGUGAUCAUGAGAUGCAGAGGACACUCAGCAGUCACUCUGGAAUUCGCAAGUCACUUACGGACUCCGAGCAUCAGUUCCAAAUUCGAGGCCCUCGGAUACAGACCAUUCCAAGGGCUAAAGCUCAUGCUAUGCUUGCUUACACACUUCCUGUAGGGCAGGGCACAUCUUUCUCAGUCAUUCAUACACAGACAGAAGCUGUCCAACCAAUUUACACCCUUGCCAAGAUGAGUGAAGACAAUCACUUCAGUCACAAAUCUACCUCAGCUCCAGAUAAGCUGCUGGUUGCAGAAAACAGAUCUACAGAAAUCGUGCAUCCAGACCAUCCACCAGUUGCUGACUUCCAACCGCAGCCAGGGUACAAUUUGUCUGAUAUCUAUGGACAACAUAUUCUCACUCACGGUCCUAUCCCACCUCUAAGACAGAUCAUGAUUCGUGGUCCUCAGUCUACAGUUGCACAUACCCCUCCAACUUUUGCUGUCAUGGGACAUGGCCCCAGGGUGUCUAACAUACUCCGGCAAACAAAGUAUCCUACAGAAGUUAAUUCAGUAGGUCACAUUCGGCAAUUACACGCUGAGAUCCCAGCACGAAAUCCAACAGGCGCUCCAGGGCGAGGAGGCGCACAAGCAGGAGGACAUCCUGUGCAGUAUGUGGUAAACCCUAGCGGCAUCAGUGAGCAGCAGCAUGCAGUGGCACCAGUGUCAAAACAUCAAGUGUAUACUCAGGGUCCAGUAGGAAAUAUAGCAAGAGCUCAAGGGCAUGACGCCAGACAGCUGCUUGGACCUCCUGUGCAGUAUGUGAGAACUCCCUGUGGUAUUAAUGUUCAGCAGCAAGUUGACGUAUCAGCCACUAAAUAUGGAGCACAUAUUAUCACACCUCAUGGCAUAAUACCCACUGAAGCCCAGAUUCCUCUGACACCAGCAAAUGGAACUGAACCUAUACAGCAGAAUGAACUGAAGAUGAACACACCAGGAGUUAGUCCACUGCAGCAGCAACAAACUGGCUAUGUAGUGCAGCAGACUUACAAUCCACCUACUGAACAUGAUAUUGCAUUGAAGACAGGAGUAAACUGUAACGUUGCACAGCCUUCAAGAGCUUUCUCUGGAGAGGACCGGGUUCAACCAGCUAUUUGUGUACUGUAUAAAGCAGCCCAAGCAGACCACAACCCGAUUGAAGAACCUGAAAGAAGGCUUCCCAAACAGGAUUUAGCUGUACCUAUUAGCAGACAGACGUCAGUGGCACCAAGAAUUGCACCAGACGUCAUUCCUGUUACACAAGUCCCAAAAGUCGUUCAUCCAGUCGGUAAUGUGGCUGGCAGAGAUCAAGUAAAUUAUCCCACCUGCGCUAAUUUCCCACUACAGGAGCUAACAAACACCCUUAGUUACAAUAUUACAGCAAGUAGCCAAAAGCCGUCCACAGUAGAAGAUACACCUGAGGUGACGUCAGAGGGGGACAAUUUCAGCUUAGCUAAUACACUUCGAGCACAAGCACAAGAAAUAAUUAAACCGCGUGCCUCAGAUCCAAAAUACCGUAGUACACCGAGAAAAGCUACCAAACCUAUAUUUUCGGAUCGGGAACCAAGAGAUGAUACCGAAAUGCAGCUAUUGGAGCAUGAAAUGAAAUGUGUUGUGAAUGUAUUUAGAAAUGAAGGAAAAGGUGAUACCAAUCCUGAGCAUACUUUGCAACCACAAGACCAGGCAGGAGAUGUUUCUGUGCUGACUUAUAUCUCCAAAGUUCCUGAACGAGAGCAAGACAAUGUGCAGACGGUUACUGCCCAACAACAGGCACUUCAUCCAGUCUGUAAGUCGAGUGACAAACUUGAGGAAGUACCUUCCCAGCAGAAGCUCGACUCAGCCACAGGAAACCAGAUGUCACUGCCAGAUGCUAGUGCUGCAGCCUUCCAUUCCUCUACAUCUAAACCUCAGUGGGACACUGUUGGUCCUACAGUUCAUUCCUACAUAUUUAAUGCCAGAAAUAACUGUUACAUAUCCAGAGAGGAAGUAUACCAAACCAUUCAUCACACGACUAUAAACACAUCCAACUUACACUCUGAGAAUGAGAUACCGAGCUCUAUCAUAAUUAUCAAUCCAUUUGAUGCAAAUACUUCUGACACACCAAACAUGCACAAUGAGACGUCAUUUGUAAGACAAAUGGAAUCUGGUGAUUCAUUCGUGAAAAAUAAUUCUUCCAAAGCAGUAAGCAGACAGCUUGGAGUAUCCCAGGCAGCUGGCACCCCAGGUAACAUGCACAGAGAAAAUCGUUCCAAUAUUGGAUUCACAUUGCCACACGAAAGACAAAAGUUAUCACGGUCCAGAGAGAGCCCAAAAGUGAUGUCUAGUUGGAUGACUAACACUGAUCUAGAGAGCACACGUAAAACUGUUAAUCAGCAACAUAAAAUCACUGAGUCAAGAGCAGGAAGCCAGAAACGCCAUUAUGUUCGUGGUGAGUUGUCUACGCCAGCAGCCAAAAAACGGGUUAUGUUUCGCCUAGGAACUGAACUGCAGUGUGCAUCAUCAUCGACAACAUUUUUGCCACAAGAUAUCGACUCUAACACUCUAAGCGUCAAUCGACAGGCAACUGAUAAUACAUUGGGAUCAGGAGCAUUCGCUGUCACUACUGGAAAUAUCUUACACUACUCUGAUGAGGAUAUAGUGGAACUUGAGUCUAUAAAUGGCGCUGGAAUGGUUGCAGACAGGCACCCCUUGAAGAAGGAAAAGGAAAGAGAAAUAACAACUGAUGAGAGACAGGAAACAGUAUUAGAUGUAGGCAUUUCUGUGGUCCAGAAGCGUCAAUAUGAACAUGAGCGAGAUGAUCAAGGCAAGAAAAAUGCUAUUGUGCUAGAGAGCGAGAAUGCUACAGAGGAAUACUCCAAUGCAAUGAUGGCAUUUUCCCAGCAGUUGGACGAGGAAAUUAGUGACUAUGAGGAAGCUAAAGACAAUGUUGAUGAUGUUAGUACCGAUAGUGAGGAAACUUCUGCUUCACAUGAUGAUGACUGCAAUAUGGAACUGGACGAAACUGAAACACAGACAGCUGAAGAUGAGGAGGAAGACGACUCUGAUGACUUUGAUGAACCCCCUGUUACAGCCUUCCCAGAACACCAACAGGUAACAGAGGAGCAGAAGGUUGAUAUCCCACCAGAUGUUCCUCAGGAAGACGAGGAAGAGUCCGUAAGUGAUGAGUACGAAACUGAUGUUGACACAGAUACUGAUUCAGGUUUAUCUAUAGAUAAAGGAAUGGGAAUUGGCCCCUCCUGCGUUGCAAAAUGUACAAGUAUAUUAAAGCAAGUAACACAUAUGUUGAAGGUAAUUACGGAAAACAUUACUGCAUUUCGGGAUGAACCGCCAGAUGACUCAUCUGUAGUCCAGGCACAAAUGUUGGAAGACAUCCUUGUUGAACAUGAGCUAGUAGUUGAAUCUCAAUAUGCGGAAUGGACUAGCACAUCUAAUGUUCAUGCAAGUGGAAGUAUGGGAAAAGAACAUGAAGUCGCCGCCACAGUGGGAGAUGUCCCUAACAAAACUUCCAAUGUAUCCCCUGUAGCCUUCGAACCUCAGACGAAGAUCUGUCAGGACACAAUGACUGAAAAUAGUGGUCUGUUCCAGGUACCUGCUAUCAACGUUGAAGAUGAAAGUGAUACACUGUAUGAACAGAGGGAAAAUGAGUGCGAACCAAUAGAAGGAGAAGACAGUUCUGGGACUGAAAUGGGGUCUCAUCAUGCACAAGACAAGAAUAUGGACAAUGACAUAGACUGCAAUGUGACUACUGAUAAUGAAGCAACUCAAGGCAACAUUACAUCCACUGUAGAAGAUAUAAUUACAGAGUGUAAUGAGGCGCAACUGAGAAUAGAAAAUGAGAGAAAUAGUCCAUCUGAUGACACUGAUCACAACUACAGCGGAUCAUCUGACAUUUCAGAUGAUUUCUUCUUUUAAUUUCAAUCAGCAAGGAACUUACUGAUGAGAAAGGAACAAUUUGAGAUGUUAGGUAUCUGAACACAACAAUUAAGUUUCAAAAAAUAUACAAGUAAUGGAGACCAAUUAAUAACACAAAAUAACAUUUGCAGUAUUUGCACUUACCAUCCAAAUUAUACAACUGAUUAGAUUGAAACUUGAACAUAAUUCAUUCAGAGAUGGUUAUAUAUUUAAUCUGAUGAAAAUGAAUUUAUCAUUUUAUUUGAAAUACCUAAGUGAUGAUCAUUAAUGUCAUAUUUCAGCCAAAAUGUAACUAUGCAGGCUAGUGAUAAGAUUGUUCCUUUUUUUCUAAUGUUAGAAACUAUUCAUACUGGAAAGUGUUAAAACCUAGUCAGAUUCAUUGUGAAAGCUGCACUGUCAUUGAACUUCAAUACUAUAUUUUAUAUAUAAUGUGAAGAACAAGACUUGUGGGAAAAUCAAUAUGGAGAGUCCUUUGGGGGGAUGUGUAGUUCAAUUCAACCACUUUGAUAAUUGUAUCAGUGACUAUACAAGUAAAUUUUAAAAUAAUGUAAUGAAAUUUCAUAAUUAUUAGUUAGUAAGAAUGUGACACACAUAUGAAAUGUCCCUUUUUUCUGUGCUGAUUACUUCACCAAUACUUAAGGUUUCAGUGUUAACGAAAAUUGUAUUUUAAAGCAACAUCAUAACUUUAACGAUUUAAAUGGCGUCUAGAAUAGACAAGUACGUCCAGCUUUAAAAACAGACCUUCAGCUCUUGGUUUAGUUGAAUUUGGCCACUUGAAAUCUCUUUUAUGUCUCUGUCUGUCUCUCUCUCUCUUACGUCCACCCACACACACACUCAUAACCACAUUCACAGGCACACACAUACACACACUCGCAAAGUGAGUUUUGUGUAUAAUUAAUGUACAUUUGAUUUGCAUUUGUACAUAAUCUACAAAGUACUGAUGGACAGUUGAAUCGAUUCAUAUACUUUUAUAUAUUAUAUGCUUGUAAUUAUAUAGGAUAUUUCAAAAAUAAUAUGUGCAUUAUUGUAUUUAUUAACAGCACAUGAAAGAAUAUAUCAUAUACUUGUAGUUAUAUAGGAUAUUUCAGAAAUAAUAUGUGUUUUAUUGGAUUUACUGACAGCACAUGAAAGAAUUAAAUUUCUGUUAUUGGGGCAUCCACAACUGUUAUGUAAAUUGUUCAUAAGUGAAACUUUUGUUACAGCUGGACAAAAUUUUUAUUGCUGAUGUCAUACACAACCUGGUUUCAGCGACUUGGCUCCACCUUCCAUUGCAAUUGUAAAUUAAAAAUGAAACCAUAUCAAUGAACAGUAAGCCCCAAGAAAAAGCUACCAGUAGUUUGAAAACAAACAAGGUCAAAAAAUAUAUAUAGACAGCAAUGAACAGACCUACAAUCCAUACAAGGUGUACAAGUCCAAGUUAAUUUAAAAGACAUCUCAUCUGCCAUGCAUGGCUUAUCAGAGGUAGUAUGGAAAAGUGACCAUGCUAAAAUCAUCUUUCAAAUGUGGCUGACAUAAGUCAACCAUAUGUUGCAAGUGCCAGCAAGGACCUAGAGUGGAUGGUCAACUGAUGCCUGUCAUUGAUAGGCAGCUGUCUGCUGCUUAUACGUUUUUUUACCUUAUUUUCUUUAGUAUUACUGGUACCUUUUUCAUGGAUCAUACUGUUCAGACAUACGGUUUCAUUUUUUAUUUCCAGUUGCAUCUGAAGAUGGGACCGAGACCCAGAAACCAGGUUGUUUAAGACUUUAAUAAUAACACAUAGCGAUAUAAUUUAUUAAAUUAAUGCAGAAAUCAGGUACCUUAUAUAUUAAUAUUUUGUAAUGUACGAGGAGGAAUUUCUGUCUUGUAUACUCAUCAGUCUUUUUUCUGUGCAGAAUGUCAGUUUCUGUAAACCACAGUUUGUCUGCAGUGUAUCUUAAUAACUAAAUCAUGUAGAACACAGGAAUUCAAGGCAUGUGACUGAUAGUUUAAUAACAGUCACCAAUUAGCAUCACAAUUACUGGAAAAACACACACCAAUUCAAUUGCUUCACUAUAUUUACAUAUAGAAGUGAUUAAGUUAAGAAAAGUUUGACAGUCAAAUAAGUAAAUGUAUUCUCUGUAGUUCCUCAUUGUUUAUGUUUUAAGUUCUGAUUCACUGACUGAUAAUUUAGACUAUUAAUGUACCACUGAAAUGAUAGAGCUUACAUAUCAAAUGUUUUAAUAGAUUAUUUCCUGUUAGAAAUGUCUCCACUUGCAGUUACAUAUGAUACACAUCAAUCUGUAAUCACACAAAUGUGUACAGAAACUAAUGUAUUUGAAUAAAUAAGUUUCUUAUAGUAAAGAAAUAUGGGAUUGAAGGAGAAAAAUUUGAGCCACUCCAGGCAAUGACAACAAACCUUAUUGACAUUCCAAGUGGUUCUAAGGUAAACAGAGGUUGACUGGUUUAUACAGGUAUGUAAUUGGGGGGGAGUAUGUCAAUGUUGAUUUUCUCCUCAGUAUGCUGUCAAUUACAUAGCGAUUUUGUGUUGGUGUAUAGGUAAUUUUCAUCGUAAAGAUAUUUCAUUUUAUGCCACAUCCUUUCUUUUAUUUGCCCCUUCCCUGCACUUUCUUGCUGUCAUAGUCAAUUUACUUCUGUUCUGAAUGGCAUCGUUUUGCUUUUCUAUAGCCUACACAGGAACCUUGACUUCCUAGUUUAUCUCCUUCUUUUUUUCUUCUCCACUUUCUUGUUUAGUUUUAUUCUAUAUAGCACGCCCUCCUUCAGUCUUACUUUGUGUUCGUUAUGUUCUUUAUGUUUACUCAUUACAAUUUCUUUGAAACUUUCUUUUUCACUUUUUUAUUAACUUAUAAAUAUGUUUUGUACAGUAAAACCUGUAUUUUUUAACCGUGUGAAAUUGAUCCCUUCUGGCGUAUUUUUUACUCACUUUGCAUGCAGGUUAUGAAUGAUACACUAUAGCCACUCAUAUAUUUCGAUGUAUUUUUUUUUUCUAAAUGCAUAAAUAAUGCUUGCUUGAUCUAUUACCAAAUCAUUGUGAAAAGUUUUUUGUAAUUAUAUGAACUUAAUCGUGUAUAGUUUUUAGAUGAAAACCAUUAGCAAAGAAUAUGACAUAUUUACGAGACAAAAUAUAGUUUUAUCAUUUUACUCUGUUAAUUACCUGCAUUGUUUCAUAUUACAGUUUUACAUAAUCUAUGUAUAGAUGUGUUACAAACGUUUUUACUCUCUUGAGUCGCAUAAGCUGUUCAUCUCAAUUAUUUUCAAUACUUUUGAGUUUAUCGAAAGCAGUUUUCUGACAAAUGAUAAUUGGCAAAUGUGUAAGUACAUUUCAUUAUGAUCAAUGUUCGUAACUUUUUAUUUACUUAGUUAUUUAGGCAAAUAUAUUUUCUUUUGAUGUUCUAUACAGUUCCAUAAGUGAAAGGGAAGUUACUAAAUGUGAUUGCGAAGAAUUCUGGUGUAUUGUUAUGUGCUAUUAACUAGUGUUUGCAGACAAGAAAAGGUUAAACUACACUAUCUGACAGACCAGAUUAUCUUAUAUAGCACACUCCUCAGUCCUCCUUUUGAAAAUUUUGCUGACUUCUGAUUGUACUUUUACUUGAAAGAACAUUUUUUGGCUACCUACAAUGCUCCUAAUAAUAUACAGUUAAAUGCAGGUGACUUGUUAGAUAUACAUUGAGGUGUUGAAACAUCAGACUCAAUUUGUUGUUCUGUAGCAUUUGUUUGUAAUACUUCACUGAACAUUCCAUAUAGAUUUAAUUGUUGUUCUGUAACAGUUACUUGUAAUCUUUUACUGAAAUUUUGGUAUAGGGCUUUUAUCUGUAACACUUCACUGAAGUUUUGAUAUAUAGUUUUUGUGAAUGAUUAUGUUGUUCUGUAUACAAAUAAACUUUUUUAUUGAUAUAAGGCAAUACACUUUAUGAAACAGUAACAAAUGUUUAUCCUAAAGGGAAUCUUAUAAUCUUGAAUGUAACAUACUCCACUUUGUAUAUCAGUUUAAAUGAAAUAAACUUUAAUUCAAUAA